UGGGCGGGGCCGAGGGCAGAAGAGAGCAAGACCGACGCCAUAUUGGACGGCUCUGGCUGAAGGCAGGUGAGAGCACUCCCUGGAUCACCUGCUCCCCAUGAACAUCGGGGCGUGAGGCUGUUAUAAGGCACGUGGCUUCCCCUCUCUCCUGUCCCCCGCGCCCCUUGACCACUUCCGCCAUGGAUCAAGACUACGAAAGACGCCUUCUCCGCCAAAUCAACAUCCAGAAUGAAAACAUGAUGCCUUGCGUUGCCGACAUGAGGAGGACCCUGACGCCUUCGAAUUCCCCCGUGUCGUCUCCCAGCAAGCACGGUGACAGGUUCAUCCCAUCCCGGGCCGGGGCAAAUUGGAGCAUCAGUUUCCACAGGAUAAACGAAAACGAAAAGUCCCCGAGUCAAAACCGAAAAGCAAAGGACGCAACUUCAGACAAUGGCAAAGAUGGCCUUGCGUACUCAGCCUUGCUAAAGAAUGAGCUCUUGGGCGCUGGGAUUGAGAAAGUUCAGGACCCCCAGACAGAAGACAGGAGGCUGCAGCCCUCCACGCCGGAAAAGAAGAGCCUUUUCACGUACUCCCUCACCACGAAACGCUCCAGCCCAGACGACGGCAACGAGGUCUCCCCCUAUUCUCUCUCUCCCGUCAGCAACAAAAGCCAGAAGCUGCUACGGUCUCCUCGGAAGCCCACGAGGAAAAUCUCCAAGAUCCCGUUCAAAGUAUUGGAUGCCCCGGAACUGCAGGACGACUUCUACCUAAAUCUGGUCGACUGGUCGUCCCUUAACGUUCUCAGUGUCGGCCUCGGAACCUGUGUCUACCUGUGGAGUGCCUGUACCAGCCAGGUGACCCGGCUGUGCGACCUGUCCGUGGAAGGCGAUUCAGUCACCUCCGUCGGGUGGUCAGAACGGGGCAACUUGGUGGCGGUUGGGACCCACAAGGGCUUUGUGCAGAUCUGGGAUGCUGCGGCUGGCAAGAAGCUCUCCAUGCUCGAAGGCCACACGGCCAGAGUGGGCGCCCUGGCGUGGAAUGCGGACCAGCUCUCUUCCGGCAGCCGGGACCGGAUGAUCCUGCAGAGAGACAUCCGGACACCCCCCCUUCAGUCCGAGCGUCGCCUCCAAGGCCACAGGCAGGAGGUCUGCGGGCUCAAGUGGUCCACCGACCACCAGCUCCUCGCGUCCGGCGGGAACGACAACAAGCUCCUCGUGUGGAACCACUCCAGCCUCAGCCCCGUCCAGCAGUACACAGAGCACCUUGCAGCCGUCAAGGCAAUCGCCUGGUCCCCGCACCAGCACGGGCUGCUGGCCUCCGGCGGCGGGACGGCGGACCGCUGCAUACGUUUCUGGAACACGCUGACCGGGCAGCCUCUGCAGUGCAUCGACACUGGGUCGCAAGUCUGCAACCUCGCCUGGUCCAAGCACGCCAAUGAGCUGGUGAGCACUCACGGAUACUCUCAGAACCAGAUCCUCGUCUGGAAAUACCCGUCCUUGACCCAAGUCGCAAAGCUAACCGGGCAUUCUUACAGAGUCCUCUACCUGGCAAUGUCACCCGACGGAGAGGCUAUCGUGACAGGAGCCGGGGACGAGACGCUGAGGUUUUGGAACGUCUUCAGCAAAACCCGCUCCACCAAGGAGUCUGUGUCGGUCCUUAACCUCUUCACCAGGAUACGGUAGAAAAAAAAAACCGGACGGCGGAACAAGAGACUGUGCUUUGGGGUGGAGAACCACUAAACUGGCCUGCAUGGGACCUCGGGCUGUCAUCUCGGGGUGGGGAACGGGGAGGGAGUGGGGCGAUGUGUAAAAAAAAAAAAAUGUUCGGGGGGGGGAAGAGGACCCUCAAAAGAUCCUUUAUUAAAUAUCUGAGUGUGAAUGCUAUCGGAUGUUAUUUGGGUGGAGAGGACCUCUGAACGAUUCUAUAUCCUCGGAGCCAGGAGAGUAACUAUAACAUGUAUAUUUUUGUUCGUGUGCGAUGGGCCUGUUUUUCAAAAAGACAGGAAUGAGGAUGGGGAAGGUGCACUUGCCAGAGGAUCUGGCCAGACGCCGCUAGAAUGCCUGCUCUUGUUUCCCCCACCCCACCCCACUUCCCCCUUUCUCUCUCUCUUUUGCUCUGGGGCGAAACCAACACUUGUGUGCGUGUGGGAAGAGACUAGUGCCCUGUUGUGCAUGAUAAAAACAAACAGAUAACGGAGGCACGAUUACCCGGUGCUCUUAAAACAGCAUUCCUCACUUGCAAGCGAGAUACGGGAGAGCGUCUCUUGUCUGGAAGAGGCAUUCUGUCCUGAGAGCAGCGGGGAAAGCCUCUUAAAUCCAGACUAGGGUGGAACUGGCGGCCCCUCCGGCCGUUGCAUCAGCUGCAGGCAGCGGUCAGGUCAGGGAUGGGGGAAAGACCUGUUGGAUUCCCGACUCCCAGUUAUGGGCACCAGAAGUGCAGCCACACGGGGCUCAGCCUCUGACUCUGCAAGCUUCUGAAUCCCACACGGGCUUUUAAACCCCGAAAUCCUGGCGGGAGUGCCGAGAGCAAGCAGGGGGCGCCCAGGCAGAGCCGUCAAUGGGCUGCCUUCUGAGCCAACAUCCCAAUGGAAAAUCUCUCAUCUUUUUCACGCCCUCCAUCUCUCUCGUCUGCCUCUGUUAAGGGAGUGCACCAGGUUGAGUCUGUGUCCCCAGCGGUUAGAAAGCGAUUUUGAGCUCUUGGGGACCGGUCGCUGUCGGUCAGGUCGGGCUUCCGUGAAAAGCUGGGGCGCCUGCCUUGAAACAAAUACCCCCUGUGUGUGUGUCUGUGUGUCUGUGUGUGUGU